ACAAAGUUGCCAGUGAGCAGAAACCGUCCGUCUAGUGGGGAGCUGAGCCUUGAGUGCCCCUCAGAGCACAGUGGGUACGUGAGCAUCAUUCUGCAGCUAGACUUGGCCGGUGGAGUGUGAGGGUCAGGCGUCAUCAUACCUACACUCGAGAUAUAAGUUAUCCUAAAGACCAUGACAGCAAGCAGAGAACAAUGGGCGGUGUCGAUAUUGGUGGUGAUGCUGUGGAGCGGCUAUGCUCAACCGGCCUCUUUCUCCAAUCUUCCAGGACGGAUAUGUGUAGCGGAAGGUGUGGACUGCUCCCGGCUGAAUCAGGUGUCUGGAGGGCUGCUGACCUGCACACCCGUGAGAGACAGGGUGGACUGCCUGAAGAAGAUGAGGGACCACGAGGCUGACUUCGGCUUAGCGGGAGCAGAGGAUCUCAAUGUGGCGGCUGAUUCGUUCAGUGGCAAAUUCCAGGCAGUCAUUCAGCUAUUGACUGGCAAGGAUGUGAGGAGUGUUUACCUUUUGGUGCAUAAUGCCUCCAACCCAAACAUCAGGAGUGUGUGUCACCCAGGGAUCAACCUCCAACGUUACUAUCCCCGUGCUCUGUACCGCCCUGUCACCAGUACUUCUGAUGAAUUCCUCCCUGACAUUGAGAGACAUAUUGAAGCACUUGGUAAUGCCUGGGACAGAGCCUGUAUUCCUGGAGCCUGGUCUCCUGACCCCUUCACUGAUAUGCAGCUCAAGCAAAAGCACCCUAAGCUGUGUAGUAUAUGUCUUCGUCAGAACUGUGAUGCUUCAGAUCCUUAUGCUGGCUCAGAGGCCAUACAGUGCCUUCUUGAUGGUGUUGCUGAUGCUGCGUUCGUCUCUGAUGUGGACUUCCUCAAAGCCAGGUCACAGAAUCCUGAAGUGGAGAAAUUAUCACAUUUUUGUCGCAUUGGCAAUGGGACCAUCAUGCCUUUAGGAGGCCGAGCCACUGGUGAUGGUGAACCUUGUGACUGGGGUGAGCGGCCACUACCAGUUCUCUCUCCCACCUGUGAAGAUAAUGAAUGCUUGAGUCGACGGAUGAUAUGGGUGAAAUCUUUAACUUCACAAGUCAAAGCUGUGAGAGAGGUGUUGGGUCUUCCCCGUGGCACUCAUUUCACAGCUAUUGGGAACAUCCUGACACCUUCCAAUAUCAUUAAACAAGCUGGAUACAAGUUUAAUGUGACUCAGCCCAAGAAACCAGUGCGCUUCUGUGUUCAAAAUGAGGCAGAGCUUGAAAAGUGUCGUGACCUUCAGAUAGCAUCGCGGGCAUAUGGCACAGAUGCAGGUAUAGGUGUGGGCUGCUUGAUGGAGCCUGCCGUCUCCCACACAGAAAUAUAUUUUGGCAAUGCUGAUGUUAUCGCACUGGAUGGUGGAGAUGUCUACCAAGUGACUCAAGAUUUUGGGUUUGAGCGUGUGCUGAGCGAGGUGUACAACAUCAAUGCUGCAUCGCCAACAUCGUCCUAUUAUGCUGUUGCAGUUGUAAGGGCAGACUCGAACAUCACAUCAUUCAGUGACUUAGAGGGCCGUAAGUCCUGCCACACAGGACUCGGCAAGACAGCAGGAUGGAAAAUGCCAUUAGCUACCCUCCUUGAGCUGAGACUGAUUGAUCCAAUCCACUGCAAUUAUAUCAUAGCUGCUGCAACAUUCUUUAGCGGUGGCUCAUGUGCCCCGGGCAAGAAUCUGGCAUACAACAACCAGGGCAACUUCAAGGAUCGUCUCUGUCGUCUGUGUAUUGGAGAAGGCGAGAACCAGUGUGCCAGGAGCAGCUCUGAGCCCUUCUACUCCUACACGGGUGCCUUCAGGUGUCUGACUCAUGGGGGUGGUGAUGUGGCCUUUGUUAAGCACACCACUGUCCCAGAAAAUACUGAUGGCUCCAACACAGAAGACUGGGCAACAGGUCUACAAUCUGAGAACUUCAAACUCUUGUGUCCAAAUGGUGGUUCAGCUGCAGUCACUGAAUACCACACAUGUAACCUGGCCUUGGUCCCAGCACAUGAGGUAGUGGUAUCAGGAAGGAUGUCAACAGACCGAAAGAGUCAGGUGCGGCAAGUGUUACUGGGAGUGUCAGAAGUGUUCAAAGGAGGUGCCCCAGGAAGUGAGACAUUUAAGCUAUUUGGAAGCUAUCAGGGCAAGUCAGACUUGUUGUUUAAGAACACAGCUGUAGGUCUGAAGGCCUUAAGUGAAGACACUCCAGAUGAAAGGAAAAUGAAGAGGGACUACUUUUCAAAGCUUAACGAACUUCACAGUUGUGAAGUUCGUGUGUGUGCCCUUGAGGGGGAGAUGGCAGACUGUGAAGCCAUGGUAAAGGUGAUGAACGAGGUGGGCCAACAAUUUGUCUGUGUCAGUGCCAGGGACAGGCUGGAUUGCGUACAGCGUGUGGUGCGCGGUCAAGUGGAUAUGACCCCUCUUCCUGGGAGUUACCUUAGUGUCAACUCAAACCUCCGAAUCAUUGCAUCAGCCCGUGACCCGAAAUUUUCUCAGGAGGAUUAUCGAUACAAAGCGGUGGUGGUGGUUCGCCGGUCUACAGUCAGCAGACUUGUUGAUCUUCGUGGCAAGAAGUCUUGUCACACUGGCUAUGGCAGGACAACUGGCUGGCGCAUCCCUGUGGCACUGCUAAAACGUGCUGGUGUGAUCAGUCCUCUCUGCACCCUUCACAAGUCUGAGAUGGAGCACGAAAUUGAAGCUGUGGCCACAACCUUUAACAGAGCAUGUGCUCCUGGUGAAUGGGCUACAUCUGCUGCUGUGGAUCAAGCACUCAAGGAUCGCUUUGGAGCCAUGUGUAGUCUGUGUAAGGGUGGUACCUGUGACAGUAAUGAUGACUACGCUGGCUAUGAAGGAGCAUUGCGGUGUUUGACGCAGAAUGAUGGAGAUAUUGCCUUUAGCAAGAUUAAUGUUGUUCAACAGUUCUUUACAGACAACCGAGCAGCAGAUGUGAAUGACUAUGGCCUUAUGUGCCAGGAUGGCCACAUUAUCGACAUCUUAUCUCCUAAUGCUAGCAACUGCUUCUGGGCCGCCCGACCUUGGGAUACAUAUGUUACACAUGGUGGAGCAAGUGAGGCUAAAGUUCAAAAACUGUUCUGGGCCUUGAGCCAGGCAAAGAGGAAAGGUGAAGAAGAUCUAGCAAAUAGGAAUUGGUAUUUCAGCACUCUAGGUCUCAACCCUUCCUCCACUGAUAUCUUACCCAUCUUGGACAAUGUACAAACUGGACAUUACUAUUCACAAACUCGUAUGAACAUUGUUGAAGCGGAGAGGAUGUGCAUUGCAGAGAAGACAGUGCGAUUUUGUGUCACCAGUGAGGAAGAAUCCAAGAAAUGCAAUGACUUGAGUGCCAUGUUGAAACUCAGAGGGAUAUCACCUGAUCUUGAAUGUGUUUUGGGGAAGGACACCAACAACUGUGUCAGAAUGAUUAGUCAGGAUUUAGCUGAUGUGGUCACUCUAAAUGAUGCUCAGCGCUUCAGGGCAAAUCAAGAGUAUAACCUUAUAGACCUGCUGGCAGAGCAUUAUUCUUUCAAUGAGAAUAACUUACAGUACUUAGUGGCAGUCAUCAAGAAGGACUCGGGCAUUACCAAAAGCUCGGACCUCACUGGCAAGACCACCUGUCACAUUGCACACAAUUCCAGUUUAAGUGGAUUUAUCGACUACAGUCUGACAAAUUGUCUUAGUGGCACCAGUGACUUCUUCCACACCUAUGCAGAAGCCUUUAGUUGUCUGGUGGGGUCCAACAAAGAUGUGGCAUUUGUUAAGCAUUCUGUGUCUGGUGAUGGUGACAUAACUGGGGAGAUCACAAAUGCAUACCUGAAUCCAGAGAACUUCCGACUUGUGUGUGCUCAAGGGGUGUUACCUGUCACAGACUAUAAUGUCAAGGAGUGUAAUCUUGGAAGAGUGCCAGGGGAUGUGGUUGUAACUCGCCAGACAGAUUCAAGUGCAAGACAGGAAGACAUGCGUCAUGUCCUCUUGAAAGCUGCCUACUAUUUUGGGAAGUCAGACUCAUUCUUUAAGCUCUUCUUCGAUUAUUACUCAGAGCACGACCUACUUUUCAGGGAUGAUACGAGGAAGCUGGUUCCAGUGGCUCAUGAUAACUACCAAAACUUCCUUACGGAAAUGUGGCAACACGCAUGUAAUCUGUAUGACCAUCACCUCAAGGUUCAUGGCACUCAGUAACAUCCCUUUGAUGUAUAAAUGGAGCUUUUCUUCCUAAAAUAAAGGUGCUUUGGCCUCAUUCAUAUGGCAGCCUGACAUAGUAGGUGUGCCAUAGAGUGCUCAGAUUAGAGAUUCCUUUCAUGGAUUUCUAUUGCCUUUCCCUUGUCUCUUUUUGUUUUCAUCUAUUCUCCCCUCAUGCUUUCUCAGUCAACCAAUCCCUAUCUUUUCUAUACAUUACUAUUUUUUAGUGCCUUCCAUCAGCCAACUGCUUCCUUUUGACAACCAGCCAUCAAGUGGAAACUGCCUACAUUACCCUGACUCUGACUGUGUGAAGAAGCAUAGUAUAGUGUGCUAUAUUGUGUUAAGAACGAUGAUAUUGUUGAAAUCACACACAAAAAAUUUAAUGUUGCCAUCAAUAGAAAAUGAGAAAUGCAUUUCACCACUUGGCAUGAUAUAAACUAGAUUAUUUAUUAGUGUAGGAAAAACUGUUUACUGUCAGAUCUUUAGAUAUUCAUUACUGUACUAACCACCAAUACUAUUCAAGAUGAUGUACAUAUCAUCUUGUGUUAAUCAAUUUUGGUCUCAUAUGACAAUAAAAAUUCAAAGGAAAUAUUGUAGUUGUUAUUGUAACUAGUACAUAUGUGAUUAGAUAAUUCACAGGAUUUAUUAAUCAGUCUCAAAUUAGAUAACAAGCAAUUAGUAAGUGUAAAUAUCAGUUCAACAUCUUAAGUUCAAACUUCAUUGUUAAGCUGUUCUACAGUUUUCACCAGGUUAAUACAGGUACUGUAUUACACACCAAAAACAUGUUCAAACUGAAGUACCUGUACAUUAUAAAUUAAAAUGAAUGGAGUUUAAAGUGCUAGAAUUAAGAAAAUCUACAAUCCCAUCUUUUGGAGCCCUACAACUUUUAAAAUAAAAAUUAAUAUAUA